UCCAAUGUUGAUGCACUGUGGCCCAAUAUGCUGGGAGGGUGGCUUCUACUUGGACAUGUACAUUUAGAGCUGGCCCCGGUUGAUGCGACAUUCUCUGCUGUGCGAACUGCAGGAGGAUUAAAUGGACACACGAGCAGUGUUGUGUAUUGUCUCUGUGGCUCUGACAGGUUUAACCGCAGGAUUCGGCGUGUUGCCCAACGGGCCUCUGACCGCAGCCGUGGGAGGCUCGGUGAGGUUCGACACGGAAGUGGCUCCCACGGAGACGCCGUUCCAUACGGUGAUCUGGACAUUUGUCAGCGGCGGUAAAGAAACACCCGUGGUAACGGCCACAUCUCAAAACAAAACGAGCGACGGGUAUCAAGGCAGGAUCACCCUCUUCAUCCAGACGGGCUCUCUGGAGCUCAGAAAGCUGGCUCUCAAUGACAGCGGCGAAUAUCGACUUGCCAUUGUAACAGCCGACGGCAACUCAAUCACAGGGACCACCACACUGGAGACGCUUGUUCCAGUCUCCAAUGUCAGCUUAACAGCCAGCAGCACAGACCUGGUGGAGUUCAACAGCACCGUCCGUCUGUCCUGCUCUUCGUUAGGAUCGUCCAUCUCCUUCCGUUGGAUGAACGACAGCGCCGAGAUCUUGCCCAGCGACAGAGUUCAGCUCAGCGACAAAGGCGCCACGCUCACCGUCGCCCCCGUGACCCGCUAUGACCAGAGGUCGUUUCGAUGUCACGUGGCCAACGUUGUCAGUGAAAGCUCCAGCAAUUCGGUGCUUCUUUCCGUCAGCUAUGGCCCGGAUGACGCACAUCUGGAUAUAUCGCCACAGCAAGAUUACAUCGAAGAAGGGACUAACGUCGUCCUUUCCUGCUCGUCCGACUCCAGGCCGGCCGCCCUCUUUACCUGGUUUGUGGACGGGAAGGAUCUGUCGAUCUUGGCAUCAAAUCUCUCGCUGAUGAACAUUCGGCUGCAUCAGAGUGGAAACUACAGCUGCCGGUCCUUUAACGCCAAAACUCUGAGACACAAAGACUCUCGGCAAUGGCCAAUUACUGUGAUAGAGAGAAUUUCCAGCACCUUUGUAACGCAGUCGACGGAUCACCCAAUUGAGGGGGCGGCGUUGGAUGUUACCUGCGACGGCGCCGGGUCGAUCUUCUUCAGACAGUGGAAGAAGGGCGGCUCAACCUUGGUCCCGGAUGAGCGGGUGACGCUCCGCGACAAGAACCGGACCCUGUCCUUCCGCGCAGUCGUGAGAUCGGACAGCGCUACGUAUUCCUGUCAGAUAAGCAACCCCAUCAACGAGGAAGAAGUCGCGUUCAGCGUGCUGGUCAACUUUGGCCCGGACCCAGUCCAAAUCACGGGACCGAGCCAAAUUCAGGUGAAGCAGACUUUGACUUUAACCUGCUCCGCCGCGUCCGUCCCAUCAGCCACGUACACGUGGACGCGACUGAACCACACAGCGGCGCUACAUAAUGAAUCAACGUUCAUCAAAAGCAACGUGGACUUUGCUGACCGCGGGAGCUACGUCUGCAGCGCGACGAACAAUAUUACCGGGAAAAGCACCUCGGCGGUCCACAGUUUGGCUGUGACAGAUGAAACCGUUGCGUGUUCGGCCGGUUGCAUCGCUGGCAUUGUGGUGGCUUGUUUCAUCAUCUGUGCGGCAGCUGCUGGCGGCGGAUUCGCCUUUUAUCAACAUCGGAACAGGAACAAGACAAUGAAUUGCCCCGACGGAAACGCCUCCAACGGGACAGGACGAAAAGGCCACGACAACACGAAAGAAACAAAAACUCAGGAGUUGACCUAUGCAGACCUGAGUAUUCUCCGCGCAAAGAACGGCGGGGAAGUCAAGCUGCAGCAACGGGACAGUGAGACAGAAUACGCCGAGGUCCGAGUGAACAACGUGCCUCCUUCCUACGACGUGCACAUGCAGCGGAUGAAGAGGCGAGCCCCUCAGCCGCUCGAAGCCUACGGAGGCCAAGUCGGCCAACAGGUUCACAGCAACGAGUGGUCGCGUCGCGGAAGUGGAGACCACCCAACGGUGUGACAGGCGGUCACAGUUCUUUAAUGGUGCGCUAAAGGCGGCGAGUGUUUGCGGUCAAUGUGUGUGCGCGUUAAUCAUUGAUCUGUUGACUAAGAGUCACAAAAGCAAAGCGGUGCUUGAUUAGAUCCAUCGACUUGAUUGGAUUCAUCGACACACAGCGGGCUGAGUACGGACUGCAGGCAGUCUUGCCAUGCAACACUUUGUAGAAUUUAUUUCACUCGGUUCAAAGUAAUAAAUAGCAGAAUAAACACUUUCACAUACACAGUACAUUUAACAUGGAUUUUUGAUGUAAUCCAAUUUCGGAAGCGCAAAACUGCUAUUGUGGAGUAAAAAUUUUUUUUCUCGGAGGCAGCACUUCAUCACCAAACUGCCAAAUUGUACUAUAUGUCCAAACACAAACACCCUGCCUCCACCUUGACAACUGCCUCAAACCUUUGAGAAUGUGGGGUUCACACACGCGAAUGCUAUUAGCUAAAGCUAAUCCAUGCUCACACUGCAGCUCUGCUUACCUUUGUCGUACAGAUAGUGUUUACGAAUGGUGGCCAGAUUCUGGUUGAUGCUUGAAAAUAGCUAAUUCUCACUGAUCUUGCUGCUAAUUACGACAAGAGACACUGUUAAAGCCCUUUAUGGACACGGUUUGGAAGAAUGGCUCAUUUUCAGAAAUAGCCAGCGAACAAAACAUUUCACGGGUUGUGUAGUUUCCAUCUCUUUGUAUACGAGUAAUUAAAAUGUCAAUUUUCCAAUUUUCGAGGCUUUAAACCCUGUGAAUCUGCCAAACGGUGCAGUUCAGUUCUGUUAUUUAUGCUAUGUCCCUAGAAUGCUAAAGCCCGUGAAAGUUUUAAACUUUGGUCAGAUGAAAACUGUUUUCAUCUGACCAACACGAAUGUAGUGCACAUUUAAAAUUUUCAAAAGUGUAAAAUGGACUUAAAGUGUCAUGGGAAUGUCUCUCAAAGGGACAAAUAAAACAUUUUUUUCUUGUG